AUGUCGAUUUUUGGCGGGUCCGAGCGGUUCCCCGUUGAGCCAGCUCGAUCGCCCGGGCCGAUCUACGCCAAGCCCGACAUACGCGCCAACGCGCAGGUUGUUAUGAAGGCCGAGUACAGGCCAGUAGACGAAAAUUGGAAAUGGGGAAAACGUGAGAGCUGGAUUGGCGAAAGUGGUCGAGCCCCUGGCUCCUAUUUCAACGAAAAUAUCAAUUCAAUCAAGACGAGGGCACCGAAGAUGUCCUUCCCCCGAUCGGAUCGUUUCUUAUCGCAAAAGGUGAGUGUGACCGCGGCGAGUCACCAGCGCGAGCUGAUAGCGGCUGAGAGUCCAGGACCAAAGUACAACGUGAACUAUUUAGUCGCAAAUGGUGGCAAGGCUGCACCCCCUAAAUAUUCAUUUGCGGCCCCACAUUCACCCAAGUCUGCAGCUCGUGCUGAAGCUCACAGAACGCGCUUAUUCGACGUCGACAGUCCUUGGCGAGGCCACCGUGAAUCUUGGUUGUCUGUCAUCAAUCGCAACGGGGUAUUGGUCAUGCCAACUUCGCUCUCAAGACCCCGCCAAUCGGCAAAUCAAGGUAGUGCGACGCCGGAACAAGCUCGCACCGAAGACUCUGCACCUCAUUCGCCCAACAACAACGCAAGUGGCAAAAACAGCGGUAAUGCGUUCGGACACGAGCAGCGCUUUGGUAAGAGGCAAAUAGGCGCAUUCAAGCCUCAUUCUCCCGCUGCACGUAAUACCCGCGUCCAGUUUGUGUCAGCUACGCAUUCGCGCGAGAACAUGGGCGAGUUUUCGCCAGGUCCGAUCUACACGCCGUACAAUCCGGAACGCUCCGGAGGAAGAUUGGCUCCGUCACCCAAGUCAGCUCGGCGGCAACACCCACCAGGAAGCCCAGACAGUCCGAAGGAUCCGCACGCGAACCCCAGCAGCCGCAGCUCGUGGCUCGCUGGUGCAGUCCGUAAGUACGACGGACAGGAGAUAGUGUUGCUGCGUACUGGAGACGUUCCUCCUGGUCCGGGCUCGUACGCCGAGCCUCCGUCCUCGUUCGCCACCUACUCACACAACACCAAGGCCAGAGCUAAAGCGAUCAGCUCUUUGAAAAGGGCCUCGCGACCAUCACCGCGACAGACUGGGGCGACGUCCGCUUGCUCCCUGCGCCCGCGACAGCCGCCAUGGCCACCGCGCAAAGGCAGCGCCACAACGAGACCCGCUGAGCCCACAUGGCUAGACGAUGAUCUGUAG